AUGAUCAAAGAGUGGUACCAAUGGCGCAAGGACUCGUGCUUGGAUGAACUGCAGGUAUGCCAGCCCGACAACUCGUAUCCGGCCCCCUAUCCUAUUCGCGGCUAUCUCUCAGUGGCCGACGCCAAUCUCACGGCCGGCGUACAGGUGAAAGAGUCACAGCUCAAGCUCAACAAGUUUUUUGGCGGCGGAUGCUGGCACAAGCGCGACAAGGAGGGGCACCCGUUCCACUACCUGAUGCAGGAGUUCAUCAGCCGUACGAUUUUCCCCGAAUGUUCGCAGCAGGCUGGCAGGGAGAUCUCGAAGCAGGUUGUGGUGUUUGACCUGGCUGCAAUCUCCAUCGGCAUGCUUUCGAAUUUGCCGGCGCUGAACAUGCUGCGCGAGAUGCUUGCCAAGGAUCAGCUGCUUUACCCGGAAUGCAUGUACCUCACGUACGUUGUCAACGCCCCGGCGAUGUUUGUCACUGCAUGGAAGCUGAUCAAGGGUUGGUUGGAUCCGCGGGUCAUUUCAAAAGUCCGUAUUCUGGGCAAGGAUUACUCCAAGGAGCUGCUCAGCCAGAUUUCCGCAGACAGCUUGCCCAGCUUUUUGGGCGGCUCCUGUAGGUGCUCGCAUAUGCCUGGUGGCUGCGUACCCAGC